AUGGUAUCUCACAAGCUGCUUGCUGAUCGUGAUGGUCCAGAAACGAUGCUUAUGCUCCGGUUGGUUCAUGCCUGGGGUUCUUAUUCCAUCAAGAAUCCAGAGCAAAUUUUUUCGUAUUGUAUGUUGUGGAAUGAUGAAGAGGGAACUUUGAUACAGGGUUCCGCUUUGUCUUCUUUGACUGGUUAUUUUGGUGAUCGUCUUCGGCUUGAUUCUGUCUACUUUGUGCACGGGGUGAAGGUCCAGCCUCCUGGUAGCAUCCAUCGUUGUUGUUCACACCGGUUGACCAUUGUCCUUUCCCAUGAUUCUGUGUUUGAGGAGGUGCCGGAGUGCGAUCCUCCUUUUCGGCGAGACGCCCUUUGA